AUGCCUAUCAAAAUAAGACCCUCAGAAAAUACAGUGCCUACAUUUCCAAAGCGGAGAAGAACAUACCAAGCUUGCAUCAAUUGCAGAUCAAGGAAGGUGAAAUGCGAUCUUGGCCCUGUCGAUAACCCUCAUACACCACCAUGCGCUCGCUGUAAAAGGGAACUAAAAAGGUGUCUUUUUAGUUCCAACAGAGAAGCAAUGCAUAGGUUAUCGCCCAGCAUGAUUAAUAUAACAAGUAAAAAUGCCUCCAGUAAGAGUGAACAAAGGGUACCAAAUGAGUCGAUAAGUCCGACUCCAUCAGAUAUGACUUUGUCGGGAAAGAACACUGAUAAUGAAACGUUAUUUAAAUCAGAUGGUAUGAAAUGGAAACUUGAACUUUCAUCCAUGCAGAACACUUUAGAAUUUUUAGCGCAAGCGGCUGGUACCGUGGCUAAAGAAGGUGCGAAGGAAGUUAUAAAGGAUGAGUCCACAACAACGCCAUAUGUAAACUCUUUGCACUCAUCAUGUCAACCGUCCACAGAUGAAGGAUUAAAACGGCUUUCAGGAUGUGUAAGUGCUGCUUCUGACACCCCAGACGAAAAUUUAACGGUUGCGCUUGCUACCACCCUGAAUGCUAAUAAAACAACUUCACAGUUAAUAGAAGAGAUUGGUAAAGUUAGACCAACACCCACACGAAAAAUAGAGGACUUUGAAUAUAUCGGUCCAGCUAAUCUGCUCACCAAAGAAGAAGCAAUUGAGUUAAUCGAAGCAUUUUUCCUCACGAUGCAUCCGUUCUUUCCUAACAUCCCAUUCCAAUUACACGAUCCAAAAGAAUUGGCACAAUACCCCAUUUUGUUCUGUGCGAUUUUAACUGUUUCCGCUCGCUAUCAUCCUUUCGAUACUCUGGGGUUAGAUAAUGGAGAAAAUGGUGCAAGGCAUGUUGAAGUUCACGAUAAAUUAUGGGUGUACUGCCAAAAACUGAUAUCUCAAACAAUUUGGGCAGAAGCUAGCACAAGAUCGAUUGGUACUGUGCUUGCAUUUAUAAUUUUCACGGAAUGGAACCCAAGAAGUAUUCACUGCAAAUGGUCUGACUACGCAAAUGAUCCAGAACUAAACAAUGUUAAUGUCAGAGGGAGUAAAAAUAUUAAUACGAAAAGGGAUGAAGAAGGAUUGACAGGUGUUGGUGCCAUUCGUAGAAGUGACCGUAUGUCAUGGAUGCUAACGGGGUCCGCAGUAAGGCUCGCACAGGAUAUGGGGUUUAUUGAAAAUAGUUCAAAAAUAUUUAUAGUUACUCAUAUCUCUGAAACCACAAGCGCAAUGAAUAUGAACCAAAGGUCUUUACUAGCAGAAUCAUUUAGUGUCUUGAACCUAAACUUAGAAAGGUUUGACAAUGAUGGAAAUGAAAAUAAUGAGAACUAUCUUGGGAAUGAAAAGUUCUAUCUAGAUGAAAUUCUACCUAAUGAUGAAAGUAAAGAGAGGUGGAAAAAGGUUUUAGAAAAUUUAGAGGCUGACAACGACAACGAGAAAUGCGUUCUGACAGAUUGGGAACGAGAGUUUUUGAACGAUGAAUACGUUCUAUAUUACUCCAAUAAGAAGGACGAUACGAAUUUGGCACAAAAUAAUAUGCCACCAUUUCCGCUAAGAUUCUCGUUUGCUCAAAGAGCAAAGAUAGAGAUAAUUCGGAUCCUUUCCAUUGCAUAUGAGACCAUCUAUUGCGAAAAGAAUAAGAGAAAACUGGCAACUACUGACCAAAGGCACAACCUAUCUGUACUAAGUGUUUUUUCUCCCUUGAUAGAAGGCUGGCUUAGCAACUACAGAGAGGUUCUUGUACCUCUUUCUGAUGUUCCAUUUUCUUUAGCGAAUAGAAAGAAUAAAAGACAAGUUCUUAACAACAUCGAUAGGAUAAAUGGCGAAAGUAUUAUUACAGAUUUUAAUUAUUGUCAGCUUUACAUUUUCUCACUUGCAUUACAAGUGGAUGGGAAGAUAAGCAGACUAAACAUGAGCGAAAUUGUUAAGAGCGCCAGGUAUGUAGAAUUAGCAUACAAAUCUGCUAAAGAAAUUUUAAGCUCUGCAAAAAGGGUCUCAAGACAAUGCAUGCUGAAGUACAUGCCCGUUAGAUGGGUUAUACGAAUAAUUAGAUCAAUUGCCUUUAUAGUGAAGUGUUACCUAACACUCACUGGCAGUGAAAUAGCAACAAAUCCCGAUGCCAGAAACAUUCUGAAACUAAGUGCAAUAUCUGUCGAUGAAACAUUCGAUCUCAUUCGCGACACCGCAGUAACUUUGAAGGAGGCCACACCCGAUGAGCUACACCUUUGCCAAAGGUAUGCAGCCAUAUUAAUGUACUUGUGUACAGAAAUGAAACUUCGAAAGAAAUCCCAUUUAGAACGACCACCCACAUCAAGAACUGGUAUAGCCCCCUUGAAAAGCAAUGGCGAUUCGCCGUUAGAAGGAGCAAACCUGGCUAAAGGGCCAGCGUUUGGAAAAGCUGCUGGCACGAGUAAGGCAGAGAGUAUUUUCGAUCCUUUAGCGAAGACUUCUACAGAGGCAACAUGUGAUGAUCCAAAUAACUCAACGGAGUUACCAUUUAAAAGUGGCCUAAAUUCCUUUGUGGAUCAAACUAGCGAUAUUACUGCAAUGUUACUGAAUAAUGAGCUUUUCCAAGGCCCAUCGUUAUCUGAAGAAGUCACAGAUUGGUUUAGUGCUAGUGAAGACAUUGGGCUGGAGUUCGUAGAACCGUGGACAGAGCUAAUCGAACAACGAUACAUGCAAUGUGGUGAUGGUGAUAACAACAAUUUCGAGAAUUUAUAUAACUUAUUCGCGAAUAGUAAUGACACUGAUACUGACACUGAUAGACCAGCCCCUCACACAUAA